UGAUGGUGUUUUACUCCCUGGCUCUGGACAUGGAAACGCAUGCUUUACUCUGCAACACGCUCCACAACCUUCUCAAUAUGACGUAUAAGACUUUCCUGAAUGAGCUCCGACAACAGGUCCACAUCGAUGCCGUCACAUACACCCUCGUUCAAGCUGUGUGGAAUGGAUGGAUGAGCUUUGCCAACGACCCAGCAGCGAUGCAAAAACUUGAGAAAGUGCGAACGUCCAAAAUGUCGAGCAAAGUGGUCAAGGACGUUCUGGGUCGCUAUGUGAAGUCCUGCCCGCGAGAACACCAGAAGGCCAUCUCCGACUGGAUCAAGAGGGGUUCGCUGAGGAAGCACAAAACCGGUGGAAACUUCCCCAACGUCACCCUCGCGUGCUUCAGUCCGCUCAAGCCCGAGUAUCUGGCUAAGUUUGAGGACGUGAGUCCCAAAUGGUCUGAGGAGACGGAAUGGAUCAAGGACGUGGCCUCUGAGGACGACAUGAUCUACGCUCCUCACGGCAUCGACAUGAUAUUCCAAGAUUGGGAUUUUGCAAUGGUGUCCCGAAAUUUGAAGAAGGAGGGUAAUAUGAUAGAUAUGUAUCUCAAGUUUCUCACACAGGUGUUUGCUAAGGCUAGUCACAAACUCUUACGUUCGAACCAAGUUACUCUGACCUUUAUCCGUUCAAAUGUUCGUGAUCUGGCUAAGGGACCUUUACCAUUUAAGGGAAGAUUUGACAGGAUUGCUACAGGCAUUCAUGCUGACCUCUUGGGCACACCUUUUAUUCUACAAGAGUUGGGAAGCCUUCUGCGGACAGAUAACAUCUAUGCCCGUUUGCUGACACACCAUCGUGUGUGGUCUCUGUGUCUAGACUGGCGAAGUGACCAGCAGGCAAGGGAAAUGUGCCAUAAGAGUCUGAAAAGCAAUCGUCCUCCAGACCCCAUUAUGAUGCUUUCAACACGAUGGGCGACUUUCAGGCACUUUUUGCAGGCAGAACUCCUUCACCAUCUUCAUGUACUGGACCGACGACCCCUCGAGACAGAAAAUGUUUUGCCAUUCCGGAAUGUGAGCCAUGCAUAUGACAUGGUGAUGUCGGAUUACACUCGCCAGCUCAAUCACAUUGUGCCUUUCAGAUUCCGGCCUGAGAAGAGAAUGAUAAGCAUGGUAGACUCUCGCCUCCAUACGCUGGAAUGGCAUCGCAUCGGGCGCAGUCGAAGGGCUUCAGCUCCCAUGCCAGCAAACCCUGCACCUCCCCCAAGGGUCCUACCUACUUCUUGCCAUGACUAUGACCCAGCAUCUCGAUAUGUAGAUAAUCUGAUUACCCUGUCAAGAAAUUCUCCUGUACCAUCUAUCUGCUCCUAUCAAGCACCUGACAGCCGACCUGGCAGUCGUGGAUGCAGUCGUGAGGGUUCCAUGUCCCCUUGUCCUCCUGACCAUGUAGUACUCAGAGAUGAGCACCAGUCACGAUCGCGAGUAAGCACCCGGGCACGUCCACGGAGUCUAUAUGUGCCUACUCGCUGCAAGAGUCCUCUACUCUCACCAGAAUUUGACUUUUGGGAACACCAAAACCUCAUAAAGGAGAGACGUAGCACUUCUGCAGCUCGAGCUUACAGUGAAAUUCCAGAAGGGAUCAGCCGCCGUGUCCAGCAAGCACUUCAAGCUGAGUUGAAGCAAGUAACAAGUCGAGCUAAAAGUGCGCCAACUUCUCCCCUGACAGAUUGCAAAGCAAAAGUUGUCAGAGAGAAAGCUAGUGCAUUUGAGCGAGGUUCGGCCGCUCGCUCAACAUAUCCAGAACCUCGCAGAAGUGUAGAUCCAAUUACCCCUAGUACUCCAGUGAAGAAACUUGUGUCAAUGUUUUCAAAAGCAUUUGCUGCCAAGGAAAAGGAGGCUGAACUUAUUAAACCACUUAAAAGAAGCAACAGUUUCCAUGGUCGGCGGCGUUCAUUUGAAAAUGACGAACUCAAGAAAGAGGAACGAAAGGAUUACACAAAUUCACUGAAAUUCAAUCGUGGCAAGACUGCAGAUUCAAAACAUCCAGAAUUUAACAUUGUGCAAGAAAUUGGGAUGAGCACCUUUCCCCGCAGGGCUCGACCUCAUUCUGUGGCUACAAGCAACUUUUCUUAUUUAGAGGGGGGCGUUGCAAGAGAGAGACAGCAUGACACCCUGGAUACAAGGAAAGGCGAGAGAAAAGAAGAACCAAAGAAACUGGCUUCCACGCAUACUAGUUGCAGUCCUCGUCUCAAGAGAGGUGGACACAUAAAGAACUUUAUUGCAGGACUGAACACACUAACAGUGAGUCCCGUGAUGCCACGUGCCAAUACACAACAAAAGAAAAAGGAACUGCGUGAGACCAUCAGUGUUAUGAGAGAUGACCUCAGGCUGGUGAAUCUAAGACCAGGAAGCCCAAGACUCCCAAGUCCUGUCUCUGGUACGCCGCCCUACGACUCUAUCGAGACCAUGGACUGGCCAGAAAACACCUCCAGCAGGCCAAGUGUAUCAACAGGUGAGUCCUCAGAUCAGAGCUAUUCUCGAAAGAGUAUGCCAGACGAACAAAAGGAUUUGAAAGGUACACACCCAAGGGAAGCACCACCAAGCCCAUCACCUUCACUCUCCUCAAAACUAGGUAGCCUUAGGAGGGCCUUUAAAAAAAUUCCACAGGAACCAGAGUAUAGCGCCCCUCCUUUGUAUGUCACAAAGUCGCCCACCUUCACACUACAGAUGCCAGAGCAAGUCAAAACAGAACCUCGUGCAAUACCUGAGAAAUAUCAGCAUCCGGAAAUUUUCAAAAUGGAAUCUCCUGCAACAGUUGAGGCAGCUGCACCAAUCAUCGUCACAGCUACUAGUCCCAUUAGCAUACAAAGACCGAUGAGACCAGAGGAUAUCUUUUCCCCUAAAUCCUCCCCCCUCCAAACCCAGAUGCACUUACAUGACCUCCGGAUGCAACAGAUUCAGAAGUCCCUGAAGGAAAACGAAACUGCUCCGCCAAAGGAGGAAGAGGUGAAGCCUGCAGAUGAAGGUGAGACAAUAACAGAUGAACCUCUAGCACCUCCUCAAAGUAUAUCAAUUGAAUGCAGGGGAACUAAUUGCUGCACUGUGGAUACUUUUACACAAAACAUACAAGAAGUGGUUGCUACUGGUGAUAAAAUGACUGAUGAAGAGAGUACAAUGUCUCCUGAAGAAUUCAUGUGUAUAACCUCGGUCUCUAUGUCAUCAUCACUAACGGAAGCUGACAUGGAGGUGUCAGAACUGUUUUCACAUGAUGAGUCCUUCUGUCCGAUAAAAGAGUCUAAAAGUGACAUCAUUGGCAUCAAAGGUGCAAAAUGUAUUGAACAAAAUGAUGAAGAGGAAGCUGCUGUUACUGAAAAAGAGGAUGAACCCACUAAUGACGAUGAAAUGCUUCCUGAAUCUGACAAAAAGAAUGAAAUGGAAUAUGAUGCUAAUGAUGAAAAAGAUGAAUCUAAAGAGGAAAUUCCUGAGGACCAUGUAUCAGAGCAAAAGGAUGAAACUCCACCAGAAUUACCCAAACAGACAUCACCUCAGGUUGAUGAACAAUGCACCCCUUCAGUAUUCAAGAUGGUGGAACACUUUGCUCAGCGAAUUCAGGCAGAACAGCAGCUGAUUGAGCGACCAGUAAGCCCAAAGACUGAAAAUGUGCUGAGAAGAUCAAGAUGGAGUCAAAUAUAUGAUGAUCCUGUCUGCCAGAGCAAAGAUACUUCAGCCAUACUAGAAGACGAUGACAAAAAGGUCGUUCAAGACUGCCAUAGUAGCGAACAGCAAUACUCUGAGGCUUCAGAAGCAUCGAAUGAUCUUGCGAGUGUACAAAGGAAAAUAGCCGAGAUUCAGACAGAGGGGAUUACUAUGAAAACUAGUGACACGAAUCUAGAAGAUGCUAAGACAGAGGAUGGAUCGUCCGAACAGGAUGCUAAAAGUCAGGAUGAAAAAAGUGUGGAGAUAGAGAUCGAUGUCCCUCCUGUAAAGCCCUUUCCAGUGGAGACUUACACACCAAAGCGGUCUUCAAGCCUGCGCACAACACCCGUGAGGGAAAUUUCAACCACUCCUGUAAACAAGAUGGUGGAACAAUUCGCCAUGAGAAUAAAGGCACAGUCCCUGCCCGCUUCUCCACGCUCGCCUCGGCCCCUUUCCAUUGGUACUCUCAUUCAACAGGACUUCCUGCGCCUGUAUUCAACAUCUCCUACCAUGGAUGAUAAACCUGAAGACGAUGGAAAUGAACAAAUGUCUCAACCUAAUAAUGAACGUUUUGAGGAAACUAUGUUUGAAUUAUCAGACGAUGAAGAGCAAAAGAAGCCUAAAGUCGACGCUGACGCUAGUAAAAGCAGUGCUAUAAAAGCAGAGCCUGUGAAAAAGGCAAGUGAUACUGAUGUUGUUGUGAAGAUGAGAAGCCAGAAAUCUAGAUCAAGAAAAGAAACAAAAAGAAAUAGAGACUCAAAAAAUAACGAACUGCGUCAUGAAUUCCUUCAAAAGAUUCGGGGUCUCACGGAGAGUCCGAUUCCACAGGAAAGAAUGAAAUACGAUGCAAUCAAAGCCACACUGGCUGAAGGGAAGAAAGACCUGAAUGAUGAUGACAAGGCAUUUUCUGAGGAGCUGGCCAGUGUGAAGGCUUUGGCGAGUUCUCCAAACUUAGAUGACAUGACAGUGGUAAACUAUAGGGUUGAAGUCGACACUUUACCCGCCAUGGACGAAGUUGCAGUUCCUCCGGUUGCGACAAGUGAUGGCCCUAGUGCCAUUGCUGUCGUGGCUGACAAGGAGUGCACAGGGACGGAUGGAGAUGCUCAGGAAUUAUGUUCGACAGAUUAUGGUAAAGGCAGCGAGGAAACCACACAGCUGACUGGAAGAAAUACUCCGCCGCCAUUACCCGGCGGCUCGAGAUUGCCAAAGGAGGGGCGGGGAACGAGUAGCGCGAUCUCCCCUAACAAUUCACUAAAAAAAAAGUCGGUUAAAAAAAAAGUUAUUGAGACAGACGUGUCGGCCCAAAGAGCAAAUUUCCUUAAAUCUAGCAUGGGCGGCAGACUAGACAGACUAUCCUUUCGAAAUUUCGUGAAGUCAGGCAUCAACAACGAAAACACAGCACCAGAAAAACCUGUGAGUCCUGUGAAGAGUAGCAGUUAUCAGGUAGUGGAACACACAUCCAGCACUGAAGUGUCAGCAGACGAAUACAAAGCUAAUCCAGGUUCUGUCGAGGAGGCAGUAGAGGCUAUCUCUUUCUUGACGCCUGAGGAUAAGCUGCCAAGAGAGAAGCUAAUCCGGAAAUUUACUCUUUACGAUGACGACACUCCGGAUACAGGAGACGAAGGAAUUACGUCCCAAACGCCGAAACAAAAGGUCUUUGUCAGGAGAAAAAGACUGCAGAGUGUACGUUCGGCCUCUGAUAUUGGAAAUAAAGAAUCCUCAAAAACAACGAGCGGAUCCUCAGUGGCAGAAAAAAUCUCCAACUUAGAAAAGAAACACGAGGAAUUAACAAGGGAAACAGUUGAAAACAGACUCGAAAAGAAAACGAUCACAGGCUGGGCUGAAGCGAGGCAGUCACCACAGCAUGACAUGAAACACAUUGAUGAAGCUAAAAGAAGCCGACAGUUAGAAGAGGAUCAGGAAACGAAGUCGGAAACCUCCGAGACCUCUGUCGAUAGUGCCAGAGACAUAAGACGAUUCAUGUGGGGAAGUUUGAAAAGGAAGAAAAAACAUUCACCUUCAAAAACCAAGAAAGAGGAAGUUAAAAUAAGCGAAAAUCAGUUGUUCACUGCAGAAGACCCUGCAAAUAAGGCUUUACAAGAUAAAAACAGCAAGGUUUCGGCGUACAAAUUUUUCUUUGACAGAAAAAAGAACAAAAGUGAAGAGGAACCCUGCCCAACUGUUGUGAGUGUCGAAAGCCCAGACUGCGAGACUCCGCCCUCUGACCCCGAUCCCUCCAGCAAAGGUGACACGACGCCGACCAUUAUUGCCAUGGUCCCAAAACAUAAAACCAAAGAACCCGUUCAGGAAGAAGUAUCCGUCCACGAAGAAUUUGUACUAUGUAGAAAUAAGACUCCACCUCCAGAGACUCCUCCAAAACCCUUGAGAAAAUCUUCUCCUUACAGAGAAGAAACUUUUCCUACAGCGAGGUCUCCUAGAACGCGAACUAAACUUGUCACUGACAGAAAAGAAACCAGUGAAACUCUUCCACCACAUAUAGAAGAGAUCGCGUCCUACACGAGCGUAGAGUCAUUAGAGGAUAUAUUGUCUAGCGCCACCGAUACCUUAUCGCCGAAUGCCAACUUCUUCGAGAACAGCGGAGAGGAAUACUUCGAGUGCACGGAGGAGAGCUCGUCGUUACAGGAUGAGACAGAAGUCUUCCUGAACGACACGUACUCAUCCACCGACGAAGUCUCGCAUGUGAAUUUAGAUGACGGGGUCGAGGUGCGGCCCAGGGCGGGCGUGCUCAAGACUAGCCGGGAUCGAAGUCGCGAGUCCCGCCGAAGCCUACGUGUCUCCUGGGGUGAUCUGCCGGAGAGGAUGGACUCCCCCGUGGUUUGGGAGAAGAACAACCAGCAGGAUGAAGAUGUUGCUUUCCAGCGUGAAGAUGCCGAUCAAAUGGAGGACAAGACUUAUAGAGUCACGCAACUUUAGGCUACGUAGCUGUUAGUUGUCCCAUCUUCCUCUAAACCGCGAACAAUAUUGUAUGUAAGAGGGUAAGUGGGAGGACUAACAGAGCUUCCACCCAUCACUCCUCCGGUAGUAUUAAGGAAUUCACCGCAUUUGUGUGUUAAGUGCAUUAUGCUUCGUAUUAUUUGAUAAAGCAGACAAGGCGAUAUCACGAACUUAUUUCAGCUUUGAUCGUCUUUCGAAAUGCAGUUUGUUUAUAAUGAAGCGAGCGAUUUGAGGAAUUUGGUAUAUAUGUAUGCAUAUAAAGAAGGAACUCAAAUAAUUAGAUAUACCAAAUCCAUUCACAUCCGAGCUUCAAGAAAAAAGAAAAGAAAAGAAAAAAAAAACUUUCGAAAAAAAAAAAUCGCAAUAAAAAAAAUUUAAGGAAACAUAUUGGCAGAUAACUUAUUUAGAAAAUCAGUGUAAUUCCUUUUAGUGUUUUAUCUUCUUGUACGUUAUGCUUGUUAUAAAUCUGCUUUGUCAAAUCGCAGUGAAAUCUGUGAAAUAUUCCUAAGCCAUCUAAAGAAGGAUCUGUUAAGAGGCGUCAACCAACAUAUCGCUUUCACAGCUCACUUAAGUUUCUUUUCAAUUUAUAUUUCCAUUUUCAUUGUGCUUUUGUCCUUUUUCUUUCUUUGGCGUUAUAUUUCAAAUGCAAUUAUCGAUAACCGUUUGUCAGCGCUUAUAUAAACAAGAAACAAUUAGUGAGUU